UUUAAAAGAAUAAUUACCCAAAAACAGAUAUGGUUUCAUGUAUGUUCACAGUAAAAGCAUGCAUGUCUUUUCUUAGCAAAUAACCUCUGCUUCUUCUUCCCAUUUGCACCUCAAAAAAAUUCAAAAUUUCAGUUUUCCUCUCGAUUCGCUGCGUGCUGUGCGUGUAGUCCAUCGCAGUCAAGAUGGGGAGGCCAAGGGGGAGACCGAAGCGAAUCGGUUUCGGAUUUCAGCCGCGGCUGACGCGGAUGGACGCGGCGGUUGACGCGAUGCUGCCGCUUGGAUUUUCCGAAGCAAUGGUGAAGGCACGCGUGAAGAAGCUGCUGAAGGAAUAUGGUGGAGAUGAAGGAUGGCCAUUCAUUGAAGAAUCGGCAUAUUCAGUACUUAUUGAGUCCAUUCUUGAAAAUAUGAAUAAUGGCGAGCAAAUCCAACUUCUAGAGAAAGAUGCGCAGAAUGGACAGUCGGAGAAACUGAGUUUGUGGAAUAGCAUCUACACCAUUGAAGGUUUUAUUAGAGAUCCAUGAAGAUUCAUUUGUCUUUUAGUUUUGCCUCUUAUUUCACAAUGUACUCUAAUGCAUUAGGUCCAUUUUCACUUGGUGUGAGUGAAACCUGGAAUAUUUGGAUCGUUUUACUAACAUUGAAAUUGGGAGUUAAGUUGUAUCGAGUGGUAGUUCAUUAGCUUCUUUGGAGAUUAGGUUUUGGAGAUGUGGUAGUUCAUUAGCUUCUUUGGGAUUCAAGAAAUGAGUUGGGCCUUAACAAGUCAUGCAAUGGCAGUAUGCUAGUAAAAAGGAGUUAAAUUAACUGACUUUAAGUGCCUUUGCUUUUACAAUGGGUUCAGAAAUCAAUUUAAUUUAUAUUCCAAUAGCUCUCAAGAAGAUAAUUGCUUGCACAUGAACAAAACAAAUUUUAUUUUGUUUUUUUCAUUUCAAUAAGUUUGUUCUGUCUAAUGCACUAUAUAGUCACCAUAUAUGCUUGAUGAUGUUCGAUUUAGCUAGUCAGUUGUUAUCACUUAGCAUUUUAUCUUAAUCAACCAAAUUCACCACACUAUUCUCAGCCUGUUGGAUAUCAA